CUCUACACUUUUCAGAUUUGUUCCAGGGCUUGCUCUUCUUUUUCUACAACAACUGGAAAAGCAUAAUAUCAUUCAAGAUGUCUAAGAAACGAGGUCUUUCAUUGGACGAGAAACGUGAAAAGAUUCUUCAGAUAUUUUAUGAGUCACAGGAUUUCUUCCUUCUUAAGGAGCUUGAGAAAUUGGGCCCCAAAAAAGGUGUAAUUAGCCAGUCUGUGAAAGAUGUUGUCCAGAGUUUAGUUGAUGAUGACCUUGUUUCAAAAGACAAGAUAGGAACUUCCGUAUAUUUCUGGAGUCUUCCUAGUUGUGCUGGAAAUCAGUUAAGGAAUGUAUACCGGAGACUCGAAUCUGACGUGCAAAGUAGUAAGAAGCGGUAUGCAGAACUUGUUGAUCAGUGUGGUGGGCUAAAAAAGGGACGUGAGGAAUCUGAUGAACGAGAGGAGGCACUAGCUGAGCUAAAAGCCAUUGAACUAAAGCAUAAUGAACUGAAGGAGGAGAUGGGACAAUAUGCGGAUAAUGAUCCUGCUGCCUUUGAAGCAAUGAAGAAAGCUAUUGAAGUCUCCCAUGCGGCAGCAAACAGAUGGACAGAUAACAUCUUCACGUUGCGACAAUGGUGUUCAAACAACUUCCCUGAGGCUAAAGAGCAGCUUGAGAACAUGUAUAAGGAGAUCGGAAUAACUGAUGAUUUUGAUUACUUGGAGCCUUUAGCAGUUGCUCCACUUAGCUCGGUUGGUGAUCAGAUGCUCGAAGGCAACCCUUAGGUAAUACAAUUUGGCUUGUAUUCUUCUAAUAUAUAUACUGUUAGGUAUAUUGCACAAGUGAACAACCAGCUGUAUAUGCAAUUUUGUUUUUCCUACCUACUAAAAGUAUUACUUUUCUUACUGAGAGUUGAUGAAAUAUAAUGCCUCGGUAUCAAACCAUGGUUGUUUAA